AUGAAGCAAUUUGCUACCUCCCUUUCACUGUUUGCAUUGCUUCCCUUUUCCCUGGCGCAGUUCCCGGCACCUCCCACUGGUCUUCAUGUUGUUACCUCCAAGGUCAACUCCCAAGUGAAAAUCUCUUACAAAGAAACCGACAUCUGCGAGACCACCGGCGGCGUCAAGUCUUAUAGUGGCUAUGUGCAUCUCCCCGGCUCCCUUCUCUCAGAUGUCGGCGGCUUCGACAUCAACACGUAUUUCAUAUACUUCGAGGCGCGACACAACGCCUCCACCGCUCCACUUGCCAUCUAUCUUGCGGGAGGCCCCGGUGAGAGCUCACUCUACACUGCGCUCGCAAGUGAGAGCGGGCCGUGCUACGUCAAUGUCGCGGGCAACGACACGGUGAUCAACCCAUGGUCGUUCAACAACUUUGUCAACAUGCUCUACCUCGACCAGCCCGUCCAGGCCGGCUUCUCGUACGAUGAGCUGCUCAACGGGACGUUCAACAUCGAGACGCAGAUCAUCACCCCGGAGGACUUCAGCAAGUCACCUUUGCCGGCCACAAAUGAAACCUUUCAAGUCGGCACGUUCGCCAGCCAGGACCCGCUGCACCUCACAAAUACCACCGUGUCGAGCGCUCGCGCCUUGUGGCACGCCGCCGAGCACUGGUUCUCGUCCUUCCCGAAGUACUCGACGUCCUCCAACAAGUUCAGCAUCUGGGCCAAUUCGUACGGUGGAUUCUGGGGGCCCGAGACGGCAACCCUCUUCAGCAAAAGCCUCAAGACACUCCCUACCACACACCCCCUGACUGCCAAAAACUUGACGCUCGAUACCCUGGGGAUCACGAAUGGAUGCAUCGACUUUGAAUACUCCAUGCAGGGCUACCCCCAGUUCGCGUACAACAACACCUACGACGUCCACUUCAUCCCCGAAGGCGUCUACAAGGAGGCCAUGGACAACAUCACAAAGCCCCAGGGCUGCAUGGACCUCAUGAAGACCUGUCGCGCCCUGGGCCAAAUGGGCGACCCGCAAUUCAACGGGAACAACCAGACCGUCAACGAAGCCUGCAUGCAAGCGACCGAGCUCUGCUUCGGGAUCAUGAGCGCCUUUGACGCGUUGAACAAUCGAAGCGACUUCGACGUCGCCGUGCUGGCGCCCGAUCCGUGCCCCUACGACCUCGCCGUGACCAAAUACCUCAACCUCCCAGCCGUCCAGGCAUCCCUCGGCGUCGGGAUGAACUUCACCUACGACUCGGAACUGAUCACUGGCGCGUACGGGCUGCCGACGCCCUACCAGUUCAUCGGGACGGGCGACUCAUUCCGACAAGCCGGACUAGGUAACAUCGAAUACGCACUGGCCCACGGCGUCAAGGUGUCCUUCGUCUUCGGCGACCGCGACUACCGCUGCCCCUGGACCGGGGGCGAAAUGACCGCCCACGCCGCACGAUGGGCGCACCAGGCCGCCUUCGCCGCCACGGCCGGCUACGAGCCCAUCCAGGGCAUUUCGAGCCCCGGCGCGAAACAAGGUGUAGUCAAGCAGUUCGGCGCGCUGUCGUUCUCGCGCAUCCUGGACGCCGGCCACGCCGUGAGUGCGUACGCCCCCGAGGCGGUGUACCGCGUCUUCGAGCGCGUCAUGUUCGGCAAGGACGUCGCGACGGGCCUGCGCGACGUUGGUCCCGAGUAUCACACCGCGGGCCCGUCGGAGAGUUGGGCCUGGAGGAAUAAAUUGCCCUCGGAUCUGCCGCGUACGUGCGUGGUCGAGGGGCAGUUCACGCCCACGAACCCGUGGGGCGAUAUACCGCCGGCCUGA